AUGACGACUAACUCCCAACUAAAUUGCUCAAAAUGGGAACCAUUCCAUCGACAAAUCUUAGGAAUCUCAAUCAUUUAUUCAUAUCAAGAACAAGAAACAAUUUAUAGAUCAAAUCUAUCAACUUUAUCAGACACAACAACACCAUCAAGCAAAGGAUCAUCACAAGAUUUAUUAAACUCAAGAAUGUCAUAUUUAAAUUUAUGGAGAAAAACUGUUUUAGAACAAAUCAGGAUCGAUUUAGAUUCAUUACCAAACCAAACCACUUCAAAAGAUUUAGAUGAACUUUCAAAUCAUUUACCUUCUAAACUUUAUAUUGAAAUCUUACAUGAUUUGAUUUUGAUUUCUUUAUCUAUACCUAAUCUUCAAUCAAAUCAAGAAUCAAAUCAACCUAAAGAUCAGUUUAAAUAUACGGCUACUUCUCGUGCUUUGGUUUUUAGAGUGACUCAUUCACUUAGAAUUCCUUUGGAUUUGGUUUAUCAUGCUGAAAGAAUAGUAGCACAAGAAUUAUUUUCACUUUUUAAAGAAACUCAAAAAGAAUCACAUGAUCAAACCUUAUCAGAUCAAUCAAAAGAAGCUUUAUCAAAUUCGAAUUCCAAAUCAAAAUGGUUAAGAUAUAUUGGAGCAGGUGCAGGUUUGAUUGUAGGAGGUGUGACGAUUGGUUUGACAGGUGGAUUAGCUGCUCCUUUAUUGGCUCCCUUACUUGUUACUCUUUCAGGUGGUGGAUUAGGAUUCUUAGCUACGGCUGGCGGUUCGGUUUUGAUUGGUACUUUAUUUGGAAUCGCUGGUGGUGGAUUGACGGGGUAUAGAGCUCAACGUAGAAUGAAAGGAAUUGAAGAGUUUGAAUUCGUUCGGAUUUCUCCAUCAGAAUUAGAACCAAAUCAAACUGAUGAAACUAAAGAUCUCACACAUGUGCCAAGUUUACACGCUACGAUCGUUUGUUCAGGUUUCUUACUAACUCCAACAGAUUAUAAAGAUACAUGGAAACCAGCUUAUUCAGAAACGAUUGAUUCACGUGACAUAUUUGCCAUCAAAUUAGAAACCGGAGCAUUAUUAGAAGCAGGAAAAAGUUUAGACACUUAUGUUAGAGAUGUGAUUGUACAACAAGGGACGAAAGAGAUUUUAAAAAGGACGGUUUUAGCUUCAUUUAUUUCGGCAGUAGCUUUACCAGCUGUGAUUUAUAAGACUGCAACGGUUGCAUUGGAUAAUGAGUUUUUAAGGGUUAGAGAUAAGUGUGAGAAAGGGGCGAUUUUGUUGGCUGAUAUGAUUGAAGCUAAUGCGCAUGGAACUAGACCAUUGACUUUGGUAGGCAGCAGUAUGGGUGCGAUCACUAUCUUUCAUGCUUUAUUAGAACUUUCAAAACGGAAUGUAGUAGAUACGAUAGAUCAAGUGAUCUUAAUUGGAGCACCCAUCUCACCUAGUCCAAAAGAAUGGGCAUCAGUCAAGAAAAUCGUAUCAAGAAGAAUUGUAAAUGUAUAUAGUCAAAAUGAUUGGGUUUUAGCUAUCUUGGUUAGACUUCAUUCAUUGAUUAGUGUUAGGAUGAGUAUUAAAGUAGCUGGAUUAGGUGAUUUGGGGAUCGAAGGAGUUGAAGAAGUUGAUGUUUCUGAUCUCGUUGAUGGUCAUUUAGAUUUAAGUAAGAAUAUGAAGCAGAUCUUAGAUAGGGUUGGAAUUAAUAAAUGAUUGGACAUUCUUUUCUUUUGAAACUUUAUUAUCAUUAUUUAUUGUCGUCUUUGUUUGAUUAUCAUCUGUUUUAUUUAUCAUUUUGCAAAACAAUUGUAUCCCUUGUCUUUUACUCUGCUGUAUUUUUUUCUUUUUUGAGGGAAUGAGAAAUCUUUUGAUUUUUAG